ACUCAUGUCAAAUUCUGAAAGAUCUUCCAAAGAAAAAGCGGCUGUAUCGAGAGUGAAACUGAAAUUUAUUUUUGGUGCUAGUGGUUGUGAUACAGCUAUUCAAAAAUGCAAAUACCGAAUGAAUAUGUGUCUACGGCAGAAGAUAUUGCAGAUCAGGUUAUUCGAAAAGGCAAAAACAUAUUGCCAACAGUAGCACGGCUCUGCCUCAUCUCCACAUUCCUGGAAGAUGGACUCCGCAUGUGGUUCCAAUGGUCGGAGCAGAGAGACUACAUGGACAUGUCGUGGGGCUGCGGGAAGAUCCUUGCCACAUUAUUUGUUAUAGUGAAUCUGUUUGGGCAGCUGGGCGGCUGCGUGAUGGUGCUGGGCAGGCUGAAGGUAGACCUCGCGUGCGGGGUGCUCUUCUUCAUUGUUGUGCUACAGACGUUCGCGUACAGCAUACUCUGGGACCUGCAGUUCCUGCUGCGCAACCUGGCGCUGAUCGGCGCGCUGCUCCUAGUCCUAGCCGAGGCGCGCGCGGAGGGACGCAGCCUGUUCGCCGGCGUGCCCUCGCUCGGGGAGAACAAGCCCAAGACCUACCUUCAGCUGGCCGGCAGGAUAUUGUUGGCGUUCAUGUUUGUCACGCUGCUGCGGUUUGAGGUGUCCUUCUUGCAGAUAGUGCAAGACAUCCUGGGCAGCGCGCUCAUGGUCCUCGUGACCGUGGGGUACCGCACCAAGCUGUCGGCGCUGAUGCUGGUGCUCGUGCUGAGCGUGCUCAACCUGUACCACAACGCGUGGUGGCUCGUGCCCACCUACAAGCCGUUGAGGGACUUCUUGAAGUACGACUUCUUCCAGACGUUAUCAGUGAUCGGCGGUCUGCUGAUGAUCGUGUCUCUGGGCCCGGGCGGCGUCAGCAUGGACGAACACAAGAAGAAGUGGUAAUCAGACGAGGAUAGACUACGAGGGGAGCGGUGGCUCGCGCAGACGCCUGGAGUGUAUCGGGAAGUCAUUUUGACGAACGAACGCAGUGAUUGACAUUCAAAUCACUCAGUUCGUUCGUCAAAAUAAAGUCAAUACUUGGAAGACAGGCAGAGGGAAGUAGUUGCUCAAAUAUGUUGUGAAGGUUUACCCUUUUUUAUAAGCAAUCGAUUUAUGGAAUACUUUUACACGUGUCAUGUUGUAAGGGUAAGAUUCUGACUGUCGUUUUCAAGUGUGAAAUAAUCAUGGAAUGGAGAAGGAAUGCUGGCACUGCGCGAGCCAGCGGCCGCCCCAUCUGUUAUUGCUAAGAUUGUUACAAUUAUGGUGCGUGAGGUAAUGUUAAUUGAGGGCUGUAUUACUAGAUAACCUAGAUUUAUGCUCUAACUGGAACGAGUCUAAAACUAGAUUUUUGGUAAUAACGCCAAAUGUAAUUGGCCAGUCAAAAGUGAACGAUAUUUGCUUAGAAACACCUAUAUUUUUCCAAGUUUGUAAGAGAAAUCGUGAAUUUUUGAGUGGUAUUUCAUAUUUGACCCAAGGAUUAUGUUUUCUGAUAUUAUCUUUUAUUUUAAAACAAUUCGGUCGGCGUCGGAAUUAGUAGGCUAGUAUUUGGGAUUUGAUCGUUGUGGGUUUUGUCCAUUAUUCCAUUGGGCUUUAUUCUAUUAAGAGAAUAUAAAAACGUGACUUAUCAUCACUUCAACAUGGUAUCCGCUCCUCUAAUGUGAAGUCUAGAUCUAGAAUAUUUUUUGUUAUGUUUCGUUAUAUUUUUAAUAUUAUUAUUUUUGUGACGCAGGAUUGGUUAUUUUGUAUGUUGUAGCUGUUAUUUGGGGUUAUGAGAGCAUAUUAUGAUAGCUUAUUUCGAUUAAUGGGUCUAAUAAUAUUUUUUUCCCUAGGUUCCUUUAACUAGGUAUGUAUAUCAUCAAUUUUUAUUGUUUGCUAUUCCGACGUCUCCUUAUAA